CGUAGCUUACUCAAUUGCAGAACUGUUAGUAAAAAUGAAAUUUAUGUGAAAUUAGAGCUGUUUGUUAACAUUUGAUAAUUUAGUGAAUAUAGAUUAUUAAAUUUAGCAUUAAAAAGUGUACAAAAUGGCUAAUGUCAGCUCGAGUGUACACACAGCUCAAGAGCAAUCAAAGUCUCAACCUUUAAUUCAGGAAUUUAGCAUUAGAGUACCAAAAACUAAUAAAAAAAAGCACAAUGUAAUGAGGUUUAAUGCAGUACUUAAAGUUGACUUCAAAGAGUGGAAGCAGGUCAAAUUAGAAAGGGAAAACAAUAUGAAGGACUUUAGAGGUGUUGAAGAGGAAAUGCCUAAAUUUGGUGCAGGCUCAGAAUUUGGUAGAGAUGCAAGAGAAGAGGCAAGAAAAAAGAAAUUUGGUAUUAAUUCUAGAAAGUACAAAUCUGAAGAUCAACCAUGGAUACUCAAAGUCAAUGGAAAAACUGGAAAGAAAUUUAAGGGCAUUCGAGAGGGUGGUGUCAGUGCUAAUGCAUCGUACUAUGUAUUUACACACGCACCUGAUGGUGCAAUAGAAGCAUUCCCACUACACGAAUGGUACAAUUUUCAACCUAUUCAGAGGUACAAAGCAUUAAGUGCAGAAGAGGCAGAAGAAGAAUUCAAUCGUAGAAACAAGACUAUGAACUAUUUCAAUCUCAUGAUGAGAAAAAGACUAAGAAAUGAUGAAGAGGUAGGCGAAGAAGGAGAAAUAUUGGAAGGCAAAAAGAAAAUCACCAAGAAAGACAAAGAAUUAAAGAUUUCUGAAAUGGAUGAAUGGAUAGAAAGUGAUGAAGAAGAAAGUGAAGAAGAUGAGGAAAGUAAAAAGAAAUCUGAAGACGAGGAUGAUGACAAAAAGAAGAAAAAAAAAGAUGGAAAGAAGAAAAAGAAGAAGGUGUCUGACGAUGAGGCUUUUGAAGAAAGUGAUGAUGGUGACGAGGAAGGGCGAGAAUGCGACUACAUUUCUGAUUCUUCAGCUUCAGAGGAUGAAUUAGAGUCACAGAAGGAAAUAAAAUCAGUCGAUCAAGAGGAUGCAUUGAGAAAACUGUUAGCCUCUGAUGAAGAGGACGAGGAAGAGAAUGAAGAUAAGAAGGAUGAAGAUGAAAAUGAAGAUGAUGAAGGCAAACCAGAUAAGGAGAAGGAUCCAAAGGAACCAAAUAAGAAAAAGGACAAAAAGAAGAAAAAGAAGAAGGACGACGGUUCUGACUCGUCUUCCGACGUAGAAUCUGGUGCUGAACAGAACAAAAAACCAGCGAGUACACAAAGUUCCAGAUCAGCCACACCAAUAAUAGGCUCGGCAAGCCAGUUAGAUUCACUUAAAAGGAGUUACAACAGCUCUCCAGACUUGCCUCAGGCAAAGAAGAGCAGACUGGAUAAUGGUUCAAGCUCUUCCACGUCGUCUUCUACUUAUGUUCCUGGUUCGAGUGAAUCCGGCAUCACAGAAGAUGCCGUAAGGCGUUAUUUAAUGAGAAAACCUAUGACAACUAUCGAACUUCUACAAAAAUUCAAAUCCAAGAAAACUGGUCUUACCUCCGAACAAAUCGUCACUAUUAUGACUAACGUUCUGAAAAAUGUUAAACCAACUAGUCAAAAGAUUAAAGGCAAAAUGUAUUUCUCUAUCAAAGCACAGCCGAACAAUAAGCAAUAAGUUGUCUCUGCGAGAUUAAUUUUUAUUGAAAGGCAGUUAAAUAAUAAUUUUCUUUUUUUUUUCCGCUUACAACAGUUUUGAUUACUUUUGACAAAGUAUUCUUCUAUCUUUCUUACUUUGCAAAUUGACGUUCAGAUAUUCUGAAGUCUGAAAUUAUUCUUUUUCGUUUGUAAGACCGUUAUUUAGUUUAUCAUCGCUACAAUAAAAUUAUGUUUUUUAGUAUCCUACAAUUUUGUUUAAGCGCGCUUUAAAAAUCGAGUGUUUUACAAAUACGUUUGCGAAUAUAAACGUUAUGCAAACAGUAAGAUAGAAAGAGAGUGUUGAAACUAUUUUGAAUAGAUGUAAAAAGUUUAAAAGAUGUACGUGCGCUGAAACGUUGAAUUAGUCGAGUGAAAGAAGAAACUGCGCGCGCAGCCGCAGCAUGCUAAUAGGAUCGCGAAGAUGUCUCUAGUUUCCAAUGGAAGUGGUUCCACAUUUACAAAUAACAUCAUUAAUUAGCCCUGAUGUCAGUGCUAAUUUUUCAUUUCUCAAUUGACUAUCGGGAAACGCAUGACUAAGAUAUCUCUUGAAUUCACUUGUUCGAAAUCGUUUGUCCGCAGAGUAUUUAAUAAAUUUAUUUAAAAACACACAUGUAAUCUA